GCGGUCAGUCACGUAGUAGCGUUGGAGCUGAAACGAACAAAGAAACAUAAAAACGCUUAACCUGACGUUUAAAUUUCAAAAUAUCGACAAUUAUAAUUAAUUAUUAAAUAUUUAAUCGACCUGUUAUAUUUGCUUUCAAAUAUUUAAACAAAAAACGUGUGUGUUACUCCGUGAUUUAAUUUAAUUAAAGUGACGUUGAUAUUUAAAAUAAUUAAAUUAAACAUUCCUGUUGUUCAUGAGGUUACUAGCUGAUUGUUAUAAUUAUUGAUAAUAGUUUUUUUGAAAUUGUAAAUAUUCUGUGAUCGAUUUAAUAUUUGACUUUUUUUAAUUUUAUUGAAACGUGCUCGGUGCUGAGUGAAGCCACGGUUUAGUACUGGAUUGGUGCGACGCGCGCAGAUCUCGACACAAGCCGCGCUAGUGCCGGCGAGGGCGAGCAUAACCUAAACUCCGUCUCGUCUCGGAGCACCAGUUUGAGUCAGACAGACGCCGGGUACACACGCGAGUUGUCUCGACUUGGUCUUGGUCUUGCAAAUUAUCAAUCUCUGCUUAAACUUUUAUUUAAAUCUCGACUCCGACGUUGUCUGCUUACUUGAGUUUAUUUAAUUAUUUAUUUAUUAUUUAAUUAAUAUUUAAAACAAGGAUUGGAUCGAGGACUGGAAUUACUUACGUAUAUUUAAAUAUUUAAAAAGGGGUUACGUUUUUAAUGUUUGUGAUUUAUUGAGAGUGUUUGUGGCAGUUAAAUUAUUAUUAUUAUUUAAAAAAAGGGCUUAGUCGGCCAGCUCGGAGGAGUGAAUUGUUUUUUUAAUUUUAUUAUUUUAAAUAAAAAUAAAUUACAAGGGUUUCUUUGUGUUAUGUGCCACCAGACGAGAGUUUGAAGGAGAAAUUUUACUAAGACUACGGAUUAUUCUCGUAUAUACGGGAUGCCGGUUGACUGAAGAUGGCCUCCCCGACACCCUCGUUGGAAUCACGCGCAAAUUCCCUCGGCUCCCUGGUUUCGUUGUCCCCGGUGACCGUGAGCGGGAGCUCACCGCCAGCAAGUGACUCAGCGAUCUGUGACGUCGACAGUUGUGAUAUCUGCCUGGACACAGGCAAACCGGGCGACGGAACUUGUAACUGUCGUCUCGGACGUGGAGUAAGGUGUACAGGUUGUAAAUCAACAGAAUCAGACGCAGUAGCACGUUGUUUUGAUUGUGCUAAUUUUCUUUGUCCCAAUUGCGUAAUGGCACACCAAUUCAUGCACUGUUUUGAGGGCCACCGGGUUCUCAAUCUCGGUGACUCAAAAUUAGAGGCUCACUCUGAAUCCCGAGCAAAUUUAAUGAUCACCAAUGGCAGCAAUGGAACGACCAAUGGUGAAAAAACACUUGGCUGUUUACGUCACAAAAACGAAUUACUUAAAUACUUUUGUCGUUCGUGCAACCUUACUGUUUGUAAAGAGUGCACAAUAAGUGACCAUCCAGCCCCACUUCACGAUUGCGGUCACAUUUCUGAAGUCGGGUCACAGCAACUUGAAAUAGUGACAAGAACAGUUGCCGAUUGUCGAGCCAAAGCUUCGGAAAUACGUACGGCAAUAAAAGCCGCUGAUCAAGGCGGUGCUAAAUUACAAAUCCAGUAUCACAAAGCACAAAAUGAAAUAAAUGAUACCUUCCAAUUUUACCGAUCAAUGUUGGAGGAACGCAAACAAGAAUUACUUAAAGAAUUGGAAUCAGUAUUCUCCGCCAAACAGAUUUCGCUGGGUGUAGUGACGCAAAAAGCCAAUGAAAUGGUCGAUAAAAUUCAACAGACUUGUGAAUUUGUUGACAGAUUGACCAAGUUUACCACCGUCACCGAGGUGCUGAUGGUAAAAAAAAUAUUGGACUCAAAACUACAGCAGUUGCUCAGCUAUUCGCCUGAAAUAACAAACCAGUCGGAUUUGGAAUUCGUCAGCAAUUAUCAGGCCAUUCAAGUGGGUGUGAGAAAUACGUUUGGUUACGUACGCAGCAGCGCUGACAGCAACAGUGUUGGACCCAGUAAACAGCCACCAAUAGCACGACCAACGGCACUAACUAAUGGGAACGGCGGUGGAAGCAAUCCUAGCAGCGGUCCAGGCAGUGCUGGAUCUCUCGGCGGUUUGUUACUAGAUCGGCCUUACAGCAAUGGCCUAGUGUCAACCACAUCGACAUGCGCAUCGACCUCACCCUCGUCCUUCGAGAGCAAUGUAAUCUCAAAGAGGUUCAGCACGGCAAACAGCCUCGGGCCAUUCUCCACCACAAUCACCGAUCUAAAUCUAAAUGGCAUGAAUAAUCCAUACGAAAAGUGGAGCAAUGGAGGUGGCAGUGAUGCUUACUCAGUUAACGCAAAUGAUCACUAUGCAAUAGCAAACACUAAUGGCGGUGGUGGUCCAACUUCUGCAGACUCCGUCCUGGAUCUUACAUCGAAAUUAAUGUCCGCCUCAAUAGUAUUCCCACCAAAGUCACAAAUAAAACGUCAAAAGAUGAUUUAUCAUUGUAAAUUUGGAGAGUUUGGCGUCAUGGAGGGACAAUUUACUGAACCAUCGGGUGUUGCCGUCAAUGCACAAAAUAUUAUUGUCGCUGACACGAAUAAUCAUCGCAUCCAGAUAUUUGACAAAGAGGGCAGAUUCAAGUUUCAGUUUGGCGAGUGCGGAAAACGCGACGGACAACUUCUUUACCCGAACCGUGUUGCCGCUGUACGUCCUUCCGGUGACAUAAUUGUAACAGAACGCUCACCCACACAUCAAAUUCAAAUCUACAAUCAGUACGGACAGUUUGUGCGUAAAUUUGGCGCGAAUAUUCUCCAGCAUCCACGUGGUGUUACAGUUGACUCAAAGGGACGUAUCGUCGUGGUCGAGUGUAAAGUAAUGCGUGUUAUAAUAUUCGAUCAAAGUGGAAACGUGCUCCAGAAAUUCGGAUGCUCAAAGCAUCUCGAGUUUCCAAACGGUGUCGUAGUAAAUGACAAGCAGGAAAUAUUUAUCAGUGACAAUCGCGCUCACUGUGUUAAAGUAUUUGGCUAUGAUGGUACUUACUUGAGGCAAAUUGGCGGUGAAGGGAUUACUAAUUAUCCAAUCGGCGUUGGUAUAAAUGCAGCUGGUGAAAUACUUAUCGCUGAUAAUCACAAUAAUUUCAACUUGACAAUCUUCACACAAGAAGGCCAAUUAGUGUCCGCAUUGGAGAGUAAAGUAAAACACGCCCAGUGCUUUGACGUUGCUCUUAUGGAUGACGGAUCUGUAGUACUUGCCAGCAAGGAUUACCGUCUCUACAUCUACCGGUACAUUCAAGUGCCGCCUAUUGGUAUGUAGAGCCGUGGGUGAUGGGCCGCGACUCACCGCGACCGGACUCCGCUUAAUCAAACCCACUAUCAUCAGCAGCAGCAGCAACAGCAGCAACAGCCGCAGCCGCUGCAACAAUCACAGUCAAAAAAUAAUCGUGAUAAGCGAACCGGUAACGUUGAGUCCAGCCCCGAUACGUGCACACCGUCGGCACGUCCAUCUACGAAUUUAAUCACCAAGACGGACAUCAAUCAAGAUAAAUUCCGACUACAUCGAGUUCAUCACCAGCAUCAUCAGCAGCAGCCGCAACCGCAUCAAAAUUUGCAGCAACAGCAGCAACAGCCGCAGCCACACCAUUAUCACCAGCAUCAUCAACAACAACGCACUCAUAAUUCCGACUCAGCUGUUAAUCUGACCCGGUGGUCCAGUUUACCAGUCAGAGUCGGCAACGAUCCAAAACGACUUGAUCGUAGCAAUGGUAUUAUCAACGACGAGCCGACGUUACCAUCCCCAGAACCAGGAUCUUCUCGACGACCGCAAUUCUGCUUGGCUAGCCAUCGUGCCCGUGGAAGUGACACCAGGGAUUCUUAGCAGCGUCACGAUUUUAAAUUCCCACAAUUAUAAUCAUCAUAAUUAUCAUUAUUAUGAUCAUCUUGAGUAAUAAUAACAAUGAUUAUUAUUAUUAUUUAUCAUCAUUAUCAUCAUCAUCAUCGGUCCAAUAUUUAAGUAAGAAAGCGUGCGCGCUAAACUCAGCCUACUAAAUGCGUAUGAAGAUAAAACGAGAGUAUCCUUGACUGACGCACAAGACGAUGCUCCGUAAGUGAAAAAUGUGAGAAAAAAAUAAUAACAAUUUUAAAAAAAAGUAUAUUAUUUAAAACAAAAUUAUGUAAAAUAUUAAAUUUAAAAAUAAUAAUAAUAAAUACGAUGAAAGAAAAGGCGGACUCGGACACGACCGAGACACACGUCGUACACACGCGCGAAACUUACUUGUUAAUGUUGUUAUAACUGAAAAUACUGUUGUUGUUGUUUAGUUGUAGAGCUCGCCGCCGCUAGUCACUCCCUUUAAGCCCUUAUUACCCCAAUUUCCCGAUAACUCGACCCGGUUCCUUAAACUUUAAAACCCAAGCUAAAACUUUAUCCGAAACCAAAAUUCCCAAGGAUUCGAAUUUUAUGGAUGCGGUUUAUGGACCGAGUCAGGUCUUGUACUUGACAAACUCGAUUCUUUAUCCUCAGCUUCCCGUCUUUUUUACUCCCUCGACCCUUAGCCCGAACCCCCACCCGGCCCUUAAUCAUCGAAAUAUUUAAUUUUCGUAGCGUGCCCCCGAUUAUUUAAAACCUCGAGAGCCUUCGUCAUCAGCUGUCGUUCGUUUCGUUGUAUGAUCUCUGUUUAUUAAAAUAAUUAA